AGCAAAUACAAGCCAGCCAAUCGACGUGCAGAAAGGCCCUCCAGUCUAGCCAAUGGGUUGCGCGCGCUCUGCGUGCGUCCACCCAAUGGUGCGUGAGCGGCGCGGUAUUUGAAUCGCGGACCGGGCCGUGGACGCGGAGCGGCGGCGUCCUGAGCUUCCCAACGGUGUCGUAGACCGGAGUGGCUGUGCGUCGUCCGCACUUGCCAGGGCGGCCCUCAUGGCGCUGCUCCGACGCCCGACGGUGUCCAGUGAUUUGAAGAACAUUGACACAGGAAUUAAUCCUAAAGCUAAGAGCCAUGUGACUAUCCGGCGGGCAGUUUUAGAAGAAAUUGGAAAUAAAGUUAGAACCAGAACAGCUCAAGUGGCUAAGAAACCUCAGAACACCAAAGUAUCAGUCCAGCCCACCAAAGUGACAAAUGUCAACAAACAGCCGAAACCUACAGCUUCUGUGAGGCCAGUGCAGAUGGAGACGCUGGCUCCAAAGGACCUUCCUCCUGCCUCUGAGGAUGUCUCCAUGAAGGAAGAGAGCCUCUGCCAAGCUUUCUCUGAUGCUUUGCUCUGCAAGAUUGAGGACAUAGAUCACGAGGACGGGGAGAACCCUCAGCUCUGCAGUGACUACGUGAAGGACAUCUAUCAGUAUCUCAGGCAGCUUGAGGUUUUGCAGUCCAUCAAUCCACACUUCUUAGAUGGAAGAGAUAUAAAUGGACGUAUGCGUGCCAUCCUGGUGGACUGGCUGGUCCAAGUCCAUUCCAAGUUUAGGCUUCUGCAGGAAACUCUGUACAUGUGCAUUGCCAUCAUGGACCGGUUCCUACAGGCUCAGCCGGUCUGCCGGAAGAAGCUGCAGCUGGUUGGGAUCACAGCUUUGCUCUUGGCUUCCAAAUAUGAGGAGAUGUUUUCUCCAAAUAUUGAAGACUUUGUGUAUAUCACAGAUAAUGCUUACACCAGUUCCCAAAUCCGAGAAAUGGAGACUCUGAUUUUGAAAGAGUUGAAAUUUGAAUUGGGCCGGCCUUUACCACUUCACUUCUUAAGGCGAGCUUCAAAAGCCGGGGAGGUGGAUGUUGAACAACACACGUUAGCCAAGUAUCUGAUGGAGCUGACACUCGUCGACUAUGACAUGGUGCACUACCAUCCUUCUCAGGUCGCAGCAGCAGCUUCCUGCCUGUCUCAGAAGGUGCUCGGCCAAGGAAAAUGGAAUUUAAAGCAGCAGUAUUACACAGGCUACACGGAGAGUGAAGUUCUAGAAGUCAUGCAGCACAUGGCCAAGAACGUCGUGAAAGUCAAUGACAACCUCACCAAGUUCAUUGCUGUCAAGAACAAGUAUGCCAGCAGCAAACUUCUGAAGAUCAGCACGAUUCCUCAGCUGAACUCCAAAACCAUCAAAGACCUGGCCGCCCCUCUGAUGGGCGGGCCCUAGGCAGCUGGACUUCCAUCCUGAACUUCUCAGAUUUUUUAUAUAUUCUAUUCUAGUUUACAUCACAAAACCUCUUCUCAGACUAAUUUUCUAAUUGUGUAUGGAUGAAAAAGCUAUUGAUUUUCUUAUUGUAUCCUGUGUAUAUUUGUAUACUCUAUACUGAAGAAAUAUAGAAUGACCUACCAUAACUGUGCUCUUUAUUGAAGAAAAAUAAAGCUAUUGAUUUACUUAAGG